AUGGGUGGAGUGCUAUCCUAUUUUCGUGGAUUGUUUGGACAGCGUGAAAUGCGGAUACUGAUCUUGGGAUUGGAUGGCGCUGGAAAGACUACCAUUCUUUAUCGUUUGCAGGUUGGCGAAGUCGUAACAACGAUUCCUACGAUUGGAUUUAACGUCGAGCAAGUUGAGUAUAAGAAUCUGAAAUUCCAGGUUUGGGAUCUUGGCGGUCAAACAUCAAUUCGCCCAUAUUGGAGAUGUUACUAUGCUAACACUGAUGCUAUAAUUUAUGUUGUGGACUCUGCAGAUCGAGAUAGGGUUGGGAUUUCUCGACAGGAACUUGUCUCAAUGCUUCAAGAAGACGAAUUACAGGGUGCCAUUCUUGCCGUACUCGCAAACAAACAAGAUGUUCCUGGUUGUCUGACUCCAGCCGAAGUUCACAAAGCAUUGGGCUUAGAAGCACUCCGAGACAGAACUUUCCAAAUCUUCAAAACGUCAGCAACCAAAGGAGAUGGUCUUGAUGAGGCGAUGGAAUGGCUGUCAAAUGCUCUUCAAAAUAAAAAA